AUGGCCUAUAGGAGAAAGGAUGAUUUAUUGGUUGGACAGACAGGAGAAACCAUGAGCGAGAGGAGACGCCGAUGGGGGAGGAAAACGAAAAUAAAGUGCCACAUGGAACUGUACGUAAGAGGGUGUGCCUGGAGGGAUUGGCCUGCGUUGCUUGGUACUGGUGAAGAUAAGAAGUUGUACUCCAAAAGUUAUUCGGAUAGACAGUGGGACGGUCCUGUUGAAAAUUCUUGCUGUAUGAUGAGAAUUGCAGUCAUGCAAGAUGGUAGCUUACUUGGAGUCGGUGAAGACAAUCAACUAUAUACUAAGACGUCUAUUUAUGCUGGCAGGUGGAGGGUCGUUGAGAACAGUUGCUGCAUUCAAGAUGUGACAGUGCAACAGGACGGUACAAUCAUCGCCGUAUCCUCCGCCGUCAGUCGGAAACUGAUGACGCGACCCGAUCUGACCAGUGAAUGGACAACCAGCCGUAAAUUCAACGAUGCUAUCCGCAUCGAUAUACUACCAGAUGGCACUAUGUUAGGUGUCACUUCAUCUGGAGGACUGAAGCGACGGGAGGGCGGAUUUGAUGGUACAUGGAAAUACCAAAAAAGUUUUGGUAUGAAAGCAGAUGACAUUUCAAUUCAACCUGAUGGAACCGUACUAGGUAUUGAAAAAGGCGGGUGCGGUGUUCACGUCCUCGACUUAGAAACUGGUAAAUGGGGCGAAGAAUUACUUGAAUCUGAAUGUGUAACAGCCAUUGCGUCACCUGGCAAUUUAAUAUUCCCUGAACCCACAGUCGCACCAACACAGGCACCAACAGAGGCACCAACAGAGGCGCCAACUGAGGCACCAACCGAGGCACCAACCGAGGCGCCAACCGAGGCGCCAACUGAGGCACCAACCGAGGCACCGCCGCCACCUUCAAAAUCCAAAGUUUUUACUGACAAAGUGCAGUUUAAGGAUUCUUAUGCUGAAUGUUAUAAAAGAGGUAUGAUGCUUGCUGUUCCAACUGAUGAGAGUGCAUAUAAUGACAUAGUUAAUGCAAUCAAAGCAAUGGGGGAGCUGGAUACAGAAUAUAUCUACUUUGGCAUAAGGAAAAUCGACGGCGACAUUAAAACAAUCUAUGGAAGUCGUGACUUCUACCGAGCGUUUGCACCUAACGCACCCAAUGGUAAUAGCGACAAUUGUGUCGCCAUUUCGGUUAAACAAGACUACAAGUACGUCGAUGUUGACUGUGGGUCAAAAGCUAGGACAGGGCCAGAGGCUAUGUUUGUAUGCGAACCACUAGAUCCUUAUUAUGCUACAGAACUAGUCAAAUACAAAAUCUUCGACACAAGGACGUCUCGUGAUGACUCAAUUAGAAAUUGUAAAAAUCGAGGUAUGGUACUUGCUACAGACCCUAAUGAAAUGACACAUGCUGCCCUUAUGAUCAAGAUAUGGAUAACUGUGUCAUUAAAAGAGAAUUAUCACAUUGAUGCAGUAAAAGGAGGUUCUACCGGUGUGGUAUCGAGUACAGGGAGAAGUCAGAAUUUUAAACCAUUCGCAAAGGGUGAGGUUGAUGGACAAGGUAACUGUUUCUAUCUACGGAGAACUAAGGAACAUCAGUGGGGCGAUCAAAAGUGCAGCAGGGGAUUUGGAUACAUAUGCUACGAUAGUGAGUUUGUCUUAUCAUUAUAA